UGGUAUCGAGGCAAUAGCCGUUACUGCAGCAGCCAUAUAUCUGAAAAAAUUGUAUAAUGCUAUUACCGAAGCACUUCGACCAGGAAAAGCAUCGAUUAAGUAUGUUGAUAUACAAUUAAAUAUUAUAAAUGCUCCAAAUCCAACUACAAUUGAACAAAAAAUUUUUUUUUUAAAAUUUAGAUCUACAAAAGA